UCCAGCAGCACCACACGCCGUGUGCUUGCUUAUGUUGGAGACUCCACUGCGGUUCCGUUAAAUCUGUUGAACGCGUCUUUUUCUCUGCGCGGUCACAAACACACCGGCGCGUCGGAACAUAUUAACGUUAUUAGCCGCUGCCGUUGUGGGUCGGCUUGUGGGAUGACUUCAUGCCUCCUUUAAAAGCCCCUUUCGGCUUUUUAAGUUCAAGAAAACACCCGGACCCUUCAUAGGAUCGCCUUUGACUCUUUUACCGGAGAUUUAAAUGUUUAUUUUUGGCCACCGGCGGAGCGCGAGAUCUUGCCGGUUGCGGACAAUGCUCGGCGUUUUUUAACGAAACACCUCGUCCGUUGUCACUAGUCUGUAAAAUAAACUUCACCUCAAAGAACACAGUGGAUAACUUGUACGCGAGGUUGUUUUUUUCUGUUUUCUUUUUAACAUCAGAAAGUGAUGGCGGAGCGGGAGCAACGGCUGCUCGUGUUUUUCACAAGUCUCAUCGUUCUCCGGUUCGGCGGUGCGGAUAAAGGCUCUGCCAUCCGUGGCUUCACCCCGUUCAGAUUCUCUGUUGAACCUGUGGACGUUCUGGCGGUCCGCGGUCUCCCUGCUGUCCUGAACUGCUCAGCCAUCAGCGAUGCUCCAGUACGGGUGGAGUGGAAGAAAGACGGCACGUUCCUUAACCUGGUGGCGGAUGACCGCAGAAGGCAGCUAGCAGACGGCUCUCUGCUCAUCAGUACGGUGGUCCACUCCAAACACAAUAAGCCUGAUGAGGGGGUGUACCAGUGCGUGGCCACCAUUGACAAUCUGGGCACCAUCAGCAGCCGCACCGCACGACUCACAGUGGCAGGUCUUCCACGGUUCCUCAGUCAGCCGGAGGGUGUUUCUGUACGCAGUGGCGGGACCGAGAUGCUGAGCUGUGAGGUGACGGAGGAGCUGGUCCCGUUCACCCGCUGGGACAGAGACGCUCGGCCUGUGGAGCUGGACAACAGGGUUAUUCAGCUGCCCAGUGGAGCUCUGGUCAUCAGCAACGCCUCGCAGGCUGACGCCGGACUCUACCGCUGCACCAUAGAUGGACUCGGACCACCCAAAACCACUGAGGAGGCAGAGCUGCAGGUGUCCACAGAUUCAGGUGCUGAGGAAAAGCUGGAGACCCUCCAGGGCCCGGUUGCCGUUGCGAAGGUUGUCGGGGAGAGUGUGUUGUUGCCAUGCGUGAUGAAGGGACACCCAAUACCUGCGAUUCGCUGGACGUUUAAUGACCAGCCGAUUGAGGAAGCUCAUGAGCGGUUUUCUGUGAUUGGCGGAGGAAGCCUGCAGAUCGUCAACCUGACCGAAGAGGAUGCUGGGAUAUACGUCUGCCAGGCUGACAGCGGCAAUAUGACCAGCGAGAUCCAGGCCGAGCUCACUGUGCAUGUUCCUCCACGCUUCCUGACCAGGCCUUCAAACACGUACGCGCAGGAGUCCAUGGACAUCAUCUUUGAGUGUGAUGUCACCGGCUCUCCUCCGCCGACUGUCAAGUGGAUGAAGGAUGGAGACACGGUCAUCCCUAGUGAUUAUUUUAGGAUAGUGAAGCAGCAUAACCUGCAGGUUUUGGGUUUAGUCAAAUCAGACGAAGGUUUUUAUCAGUGUUUAGCAGAGAACGACGCCGGCAACGUCCAGGCCAGCGCUCAGCUCAUCAUCCUGGAUAUAGACGUUGCCCUUCCUUCUACUGUCCCUUCAUUGACCGCUGCCACUACUGACCAUGUAGCGUCCAGCGGGUCCGAGCGCAGCGGCCCGACGCCCUCCGCCCCGCGGGAUGUGGUGGCGUCUCUGGUGUCCACUCGAUUCAUCAAGCUGACCUGGAGACUUCCUGCCGAGCCGCACGGAGAAAACAUCACCUACUCUGUGUUCUACAGUCUGGACGGCACUAACAGGGAGCGUGUGGAGAACACCAGCGCUCCAGGAGAGAUGCAGGUUACCAUCCAGAACCUCAUUCCUGACACCAAAUACAGCUUUCGGGUGGUCGCAUCCAACGCCAACGGCCCAGGCGAGACUUCUGCCCCGCUGACAGUGGCCACCCAGCUGGAGGUUCAGGUCCCGGGUCCGGCUCCCAAUCUGCAGGUUGUGUCUGUGGGCUCGUCUUCCGUCUCUCUGAGCUGGGAGAGACCAAUCACUGGAAACGGGGAGAUCCAGACCUACAAACUCUUCUAUAUUGAGAAGGGACAGGAGUCUGAGCAGGACGUGGACGUCUCGGGUCUGUCCUACACCAUGACGAGCCUCAAGAAGUUCACCGAGUACAGUUUCAGGGUGGUGGCGUAUAAUAAACACGGCCCCGGCGUCUCCACUGAAGACGUGACUGUCCGAACACUGUCUGACGUGCCAAGCGCAGCCCCGCAGAACCUGACUCUGGACGUUCUCAACUCCACGAGCAUCAUGGUCCGCUGGCAGCCUCCUCCUGCUGGUAGCCUGAACGGAGAGCUGACGGGGUAUAAACUACGCUACCGUAAAGGCCUGAGGAGAGCAGAUGCGGUGGAGAUCUCCACCAUGCAGAUCUUCCAGCUCAUCGACGGUCUAGAGAGAGGGAAGGUGUAUACAGUCAGAGUGUCUGCAACCACAGUCAACGGCACCGGACCGGCCACUGAGUGGAGCGCAGCAGAGACAUUCGAGAGUGACCUGGACGAGUCUCAGGUACCAGGAGUCCCGAGUUCUCUUCACACUCGUCCACUGGUAAAUCGGAUCGUGGUGAGCUGGACUCCUCCAGAAAACCAGGAUGUUUUAGUGCGUGGCUAUAAGAUCGGCUACGGCAUCGGCAGUCCGCAUGCACACACAGUCACUCUAGACUACAAGCAGCGCUUCUACAGCAUUGAUAACCUCGAUGCCAGCUCCCAUUACGUCAUCACUCUCAAGGCUUAUAACAACAUGGGCGAAGGCGUUCCCAUCUACAACAGCGCCAUCACAAGACCUCAAUCCGACCCCAUAGACCCUGAUAUUGAUUUUUAUGAACUCUUCAAUAACCCAUACACCCCAGCACCUGACCCAACACCCAUGCUGCCCCCGGUGGGCGUCCAGGCUAGCGUCCUCGGCCACGACACUGUUAAAGUCUCCUGGGCGGACAAUUCACUGGCCAAAAACCAGAAGAUCACCGACGCCAGAUACUACACCAUCCGCUGGAAGACCAACAUCCCGGCCAACACCAAAUACAAGAUGGCGAACACCACGUCUCUGUUCCACACGGUCUCUGCUCUGAAGCCAAACACACUGUACGAGUUCUCUGUCAUGGUGACCAAGAACCGCAGAAGCAGCACCUGGAGCAUGACUGCGCACAGCACCACCCAUGAGUCCAUUCCCAGCUCUGCACCGAAAGACGUGACGGUGAUCAGUAAAGAAGGAAAUCCACGAAUCAUCAACAUCAACUGGCAGCCGCCGACCGAAGCCAACGGCAAAAUCACAGGCUACAUCAUCUACUACAGCACGGAUGUGAACGCAGAGGUUCAUGAUUGGGUGGUGGAGCCGGUUGUGGGGAACAGACUGACUCAUCAGAUUCAGGGCUUGACUCUGGACACCAGCUACUUCUUCAAGAUCCAGGCCAGAAACUCUAAAGGCAUGGGGCCCAUGUCUGACGCCGUGCAGUUCCGCACUCCAAAAGCUGAACCCUCAGACAAGAUGUCCAGCGAUCAAGGUCUGCAGGUAAAACCGGGUCACCCGACUCUGCCGGAGCACGGGAUUGGAUCCAACAUGGAUAAGCCGGGCAUCACAGGCAGUCAGGAGAACCAUAUUCUGGUGAUCGUGGUGAUCGUGUCUGUUGGUGUGUUCACCAUCAUCGCUGUGGUCGUAGGAGCUGUUCUGUGCACACGCCGCUCCAACUCACACCAGAAGAAGAAACGUGCGGCCUGUAAAUCAAGCACCGGCUCCCACAAAUACAAGAGCUCCUCUAAAGACCUGAAACCUCCAGAUCUGUGGAUCCAUCACGAGCGCCUGGAGCUCAAACCCAUGGACAAAUCACCAGAACCAAACCCUGUGAUGACCGAGACGCCCAUCCCUCGCAGCGUCCAGGAGCCGGUGGUCGAGACCAGCCACCAGAGACGCGGACAUGAUGUGGAGGACAGUGUGUCCACUUUGGCUGGACGGAGAGCAGUGAGACCCAAAAUGAUGAUGCCGUUUGACUCUCAGCCUCCACAGCCUGUGAUCAGCGCUCAUCCCAUCCAUUCUCUGGAUCAUCUUCAUCAUCAUCAUCAUCAUUAUCACCUGCCGCCGCGGGGUUACCUUCAUCACCAGAUCAGCCUGAGAGCCCCAGCCACAACACACACACACUCAGAGCGAGCCGCUGAGUCAGCGAGGAAUCAGCCGGCUGCACCUGAACCUCCGGUGGCCCCCAGUCAGCCCACCACCACAGCUGAGCUCCAGAAGACUACAGAGGUGAUAAAAGAGGAAGAGGCGCCUGGUAUAAACCCCCCGACGGCUCACGUGCGGCCCACACACCCGCUCAAGAGCUUCGCUGUGCCCACCGUCACCGUUUCUGCACACAGCCCGUCCACAUACGACAGCGCAUUACCCAGCACCCCUCUGCUGGCACAGCCUGCGGUCGCAGGGAAAACCGCCUCCAUCGGCACACUCAGCAGAGCUCGAGCCCCAAUGGCAGUCACCGUCCCCAGUGCUCCCGACCAAUCAGAAACCAGCAAGAUGCUCGACAUGACGUUUGAGACGGAUGAGCUGUCUGAAGAAAUGGCCCAUCUGGAGGGUUUGAUGAAGGAUCUGAACGCCAUCACCACCGGCUGAAGAAAGGCUUUUCUCACCGCGUCCUCAGGAACAGCUACAGGACUUCUGAAUGAAACCCCCAUCAUCCUGCAUGGAGGGAAAUCCGUCUCAAUGCCAUUUUUCUCAACUCCUCGGAUUGACUGAGUUUUUUUAGAGGAUUGUAUUUAUGUAUUCUACAUUUUUUUUAGCCUCUGUGUAGGUUUUCAUUGUGUAAAUGCUCAUUUUUAGGACUUUUAUUUUGUAUUUUUGUAAGAGGAAACCUCACACGCUCAAAUGUUGGGCUUCAUUCAUGAAAUGAGAGCAGAAUAAUUGUGUGUACAUUUUUAGUUUGACUGUUUUUAUGCAAUUUGAUGCAUUUAAAUUGAUGCAAACAUUUACAUAAUGAUUUAUUAUGCGUACAUAAUGAUCAUUAGAUAGUUUUUAGCAUCUAUACAAACAUAUUUUGAUAGUUUCUUAAUAAUAAUAUUGGAAAAAUAUACAAAAUCUUGCAAUCAAAUUGGUCCUAAUACAAAGCCCAGUGGCACACCGAUGGCAAAAGCCCAGGAUAUGUGAUUCAAACUGCAGUGAUUUCAUUGAUUUCUAUUCACGUACUCUAAAACACCAGUUUAUUAGUUGUAUUAUUGAUAGAUUUGCUUGAAAACAGUCAUCAAACAACACACACACAAUCAUUUCUGCUUGCUCAUGAAUUCUCAUGAAUGUUUCAUGGCUUUAUUUCGGUGUCUUACAUCGUGUUGACAUUUUUCCAUCAUCAUAUGUGGACAGAAAAGCGAGAUCUCAGUGUCUCGGGGACGCCGGUAGCAUAAAAAAACAAAACAAAUCUGAAUAUGCAUCAGAAAUUUCCACAUGAAGUUCUCUCUCUCUGCUCUGAAGGCCGAUGUUUGGUGCUUCAGAAACUCCUCAAACGUGAGAACGGCGAGUGAAUGAAGCGGUUCCUCAUAUUCGCUCCUCUUCCUCAGGACCCUGACGCCUGUUUUCGGGCCCUCGAGCUUCAUCAUGAAGGAGUUCAAUGCCAAGUGACUCUCGGAUUUUUCUACUUGUGAGAGGUAAAUCGAUAUAUAUAUAUAUAUAUAUAUGAAUAUAUACGACGAACUGCAAACGUUUGCUUACAUGAAUACUUUGUACACUCUCCAAAAGGACGAUUUUUAUAUCCUUCAUCUUCGGGUUGGUUUUUUUUAUAUAUGAAGACGACGCAUCGCUUUGUAAACAUUUUCCAUGUAAGUUAUGAACGGUUCAAUAUUCAGCGUUGUGUUUUUGGCCGUGCUGUUUAGCCAAUCCCUUUCUCCCAAAGAAUGAGCGGAAGAAAAUAUCAGCGAACUCUUGCCUUGCUCGUGUACAGUUUUCUCACGUCAUGAAUGUCCAUGUGGCUGUAACCAGGUCUGCUUAUGAAUACAGUUGUUGUUUGUGUUUACAAUAAUGGGGGAAGAUUUGAAAAAAAGAAGAAGACACGAGCCAUGUUGUGUGGCCGGCGUAACAUCUACCGUCAUUUGCACUUUUUAUAUUUUGGAUUUGAAAUGAAUCGCUGAUGCCAUGUGAAAUAUGAACCUAUUUUAUGUAACGAUGAUGUCACAAGUAAACGGCUGGUUUCAAAGACA